AUGUUAAGGGAGAGGCAGUGCGGCUAUGAUAACAACAGGGCCAUGUUAAUUGAGAGGAUAUUGGUGUGUUGCCCCCAAAGCGGUAACAUCCUGCCAAAUCAGAUGAUUUGUGGACAAAGUCCGGCCGUUUUUCGACUAUCGAAUGAUAAAGAGGCGGAACUUAAUCAGUUUCCCUGGAUGGCUCUGCUAUUGUACAGGAAUCGUUUGACAUUAGAGCACGAUCAAAGUACCUUGUGUGCUGGUUCCCUGAUUAACAAUCGAUACGUGCUAACUGCCGCCAACUGUGUGAUCAGAGCUGAACUGAUUAAAAAUGAUUUAGUGGUAAAGGGAGUGCGCCUGGGCGAACAUGAUAGGGCCACUAAUCCCGACUGCAUCACUCAUAGGAAUGGAUGGCAUAUGUGUGCUCCACCCCCUCUUGAAGUCAACGUGGAGCAUAUUACAGUUCAUCAGUACUUCAAGGAAAUCAACAGGACAUACUAUAAUGAUAUCGCUUUGUUGCGACUCCACAUGCCAGUAAGAUAUACGAAGGAGAUCCAACCGCUUUGUCUUCUUAGGGAGAAUUCCCAACCUAGAGCCUUUGGCUUGGAAUUAGCCGGCUGGGGGCUAAGUGAAAGCCAACCUGCUCUGCAGAAGCUAUCGUACGCUCUGUUAAAGGAAUGGCAUCCUCAUGCUUGCUCUAAAAGUUAUCCAGCCUUCCAUCAUGUGAUCCAACUGUGUGCCGCUGGUAAGGAUAGACAUGACACCUGUGUGGCCACCCCCGGUAGUCCAUUAAUUGGCACGAUGGGUCGUGGCUUCGACGAAUAUCGCUUCGUAGAGGGUAUAGGCACUAAAAGUUAA